ACCAAGCUUCAAUUCCCUUUUCCCCUCUUCCCCAUCUCCCUUGCUAGGUUUCCUUCCGCCCAGCUCCGUUGCGUUGCGUUGCUGGCAGGCAGCUUGGGCUCUUCUUGGCUUGGCCUCUGUCUGCCUAACCCUGUCCAGGGUGGACACAAACAAGCUCGCCGCCACCUCACCCCAUACCCCCCUCCAACCUCCCAAAUCUUUAUUUUGACUUAGGGAGGCUCUGCCCAAAUUUUCUUGGCCGGUCAUCCAUUUCCAGGGGAGGUUCUGCCAAAAAAAUUCUCCCCUCAUCAUCCAUUUCCCAGGGGAGGUUCUGCCGAAAAUUCUUUCCCCGAUCAUCCAUUUUCCAGGGGAGGCUCUGCCAAAAUUGAAUCCGCACUUCAUUCAAUUCCCAGGGGGAGGUUCUGCCGAAAUUUGAUCUGCCACCGUUUCAUUUGCAAGAGGAGGUUCUGGCAAAAAAAAAAUUAUAUAUUUCUUGCCACAUAGUACCAAAACUUGUAUCUGAAAACACAACAGAUCGGUAAUUUCAUUUGAAAGAAAAAGAGCCUGCUGUGUUCUUGAUGGUAGGCUAGGAGAGGAGCCGCCGUGGUAGUAGCACGUGUAGAUGUUGUUGCUGGUCGUCGCGGAGCAUCACCUCUCCGGAUUUAUGGUCGGCGCAGCGAUCACUCGCCUCGUCCAGUCCUUCUCCGUCGUCUUCCUCUACUGGUUCUACGUCUUCUCCCUAACUUCCCUGUAACCGUAGCCGUAGCUGGAGUUCAUACUAGUAGCAUAAUCAAGAUAGCUAGCUAGUACACUGAGUAACAAGGUACACAAGCAAGUACUGUUACAAGGUGUGUUUUAUAUACAAGAUAUAAGAGGAAGUGAAACUGCUGUAAGUUGUUGAGGGGUGACCAUGUCAAGUGGGACCUCUUUCGGGUCGAGCCAAGGGACCCGGAGCUCCAGGUCUGCCGAGGAUUGCGCGGACCUCCGGGCCCAGAUGGAGAAGAGGAGGAAGAGGAGGAAGGAGUCCAACCGGGAGUCGGCACGCCGAUCUAGGGUGCGCAAGCAACAACACCUCGACGACCUCUCCUCGCAGGUGGAUCAGCUCAAGAACCAGAGCCAACAAAUGAACAUGGUGCUGGGCAUGACCACCCAGAACCUUGUGGCGCUGCAAGCACAGAACUCGGUGAUGCAGACACAGAAGAUGGAGCUGGAGAGCAGGCUGUGCGCCCUAGGCGAGAUCAUCUGCUGCAUGAACUCAAUCACCAACGCUGCGAAUCCCGCUGCCGCCAUGGGCGCCACAGCAAGCGGUGCCUACGACGUUUUUGGCGCCGGCGGCACAUGGAGCCAGCCCAUAGACUUGUACCAGUGCUUCUAGGGGAGAAGGAGAAGAAGAAGAACGGAUGGUUGUUGUUGUCAUAGCUGGUAGGGCCUUUGUGAAGGCAUCAAGUUAUGUAUCAAUCAUGUAGGGCCUUUGUGUCACCAUUGAUGCGUGCCCCUCUCUCUCUUGAUUGUUUAUUUUGUGAGGUUGGGUUGUAAUGGUUGGUGAGGGUAGGAGGGGAAUUGAUGGGCCAUUUUGUCAAAGAGAGAGAGAGGGGCUAGGAAUUUUCUACUGGCUCCUAAUGGUGAUGUCUAGCUAGUAAAAUGUGGAAUUGGUACCUCUUGAUGUAUACUUAUAUGCAAAGUGCUUCUCCAUCUUCGUGUA